AUGGCGAAAUCGAAGAAUCACACGGCUCACAACCAGUCACACAAGGCCCACAAGAACGGUAUAAAGAAGCCUAAGAGGCAUAGGCACACCUCCACUAGAGGGAUGGACCCCAAGUUCUUGAGGAACCAGAGGUACGCCAGGAAGCACAGCAAGAACAGCGGUAGCUCAGGCUCUGAAGCAGAGGAGUAGAUGAAGUGAUGUGGAACGGCACCUGGUCAUUGCUAUUUCUAUUUUAACAAACCAUGUUUUAAGGUCUUUUUUGUGCUUCUAGAGUAUUUGUCUUGUUUUUGCUAAUAUUAUUUUCUUUUAAUUUUCUUGUUUAGAUGUGGGAUGCUUUUUAAUUCAUGAAGCCAACUUAGCUUACUUGAAUUUGUCAUGUUGAUUACACUUUCCCUGCUGACACAAAUUUUCUAGUUUUAAUUCUAA